UUCUGUUUCACUACCAUUUUCCUCCCUCUUUGUCCUCUAAAAAAAUCAUCUUACAAAUACAUUGUAUGCUCAACAAUGGCAGAACAACCAGAGAUAAUCAUGGAAGAAAGGGAAGAAUUAAUGGUUUCUUCUAAAGGAGGAAAACCCACAAAAAAGAUUGCACAUUUCUUGAAUCCCACUCUAAGUUUAACUCAUUUAAACCCUGACUUGCCUUCAUAUUCUCUUCCAAACAGACGUAGGUACAUCAAAUGCACUUUUAAUGGCUGGAGGAACCCUAAUCCUUCAUGGGUUUCAUGGAUUAAUAGGCUGCAUUCAUCAUACAAAUGUAUAUGGAAAACGGCAGGAAUUUAUGAUGCAAUCCUUUCUUCUAGGUAUAAAAUUGUUCAAAAUCUAGACUUGUUCUUUGAUUUAGCAGAAAGAUGGUGUUGUGAUACAAAUACCUUUGUUUUUCCUUGGGGGGAAGCUACUAUAACAUUGGAAGAUGUAAUGGUUUUAGGUGGGUACUCUGUUUUAGGGGAUUCUGCUUCUGGGUUUGUUAAUAACAAUGAAUUUACUGAAAUUGAGAAGAAAUUGUUGCAAACCCUUCAUGGGAUUCCAAGAGCUAAUCAAGAAAAAUGGAUGAAACAUUUCAUGAAAUUGGGUGGUGAAAGUGGGAUUGAACAUGAAGCUUUUCUAUCUUUUUGGCUUUCUAGGUUUGUUUUGCCUUCUUUUCCUUAUGGUACUAUUAUUGAAAGAUUUUUCAAGUUUUCCAUUCUUUUAGCUAGGGGUAUUAAAAUUGCUCUUGUUCCUAUGGUUUUGGCUAGUAUAUAUAGAGACUUGAGUUUGAUCAAAUGUGCAAUGGUGAAUAGUUUAAAAAUGAUUAAUACUAGUGAAGCAAAGAAAAUUGAUAAAGAUGAAAAGUUUGAUGAUUUGUUUCUGAUAACUACAUGGGCACCUUUACAAUUGGUUCAAGUUUGGGCUUGGGAAAGGUUCCCUAAUUUUCGACCCGAACCGAUUUCAAUUGAACUUGGUGAGCCUAGAUUGGCAAGGUGGAAUGGGGUUAAUGAGGAAGAUUUAGGGAAUGCAAGAUUUCUUUUGAAAUCUGCCGGGGAUAGUUUUGAAUGGCGCCCUUAUUGCAAAAGUAUAGAUGGUUUUUGUAGAGAAAAUGAGAAGAUUUUGAUUGUUGGUGAUGGUUUGGAUGAAGUGAAAUCUAUGAUUAGUGUUUUUAGGGUUUGUGAAUUGGUUGGUAUGGAUACAAUUGAACAAUAUAACCCACAUAGAGUAGCUAGGCAAUUUGGGUUUGAUCAAGACAUACCCUUGUAUGUGAAAAGGGCUUUCAUGGGUUCUGAUAUCCCAAAAAGAGACCUUGUACAAUUGGCUUGGUUUAGUUACAUCAAUCCUAUAAAAGAUGAAGUUUUGUAUGCUCCAUCGAAAUCGUACGAGCCACAAGUUACAAUGAGAUACUUGAAAUGGCUUCGCCAAUCCGCUUUAACUAGUCAUGCGGCUUUUGAUGGUGUUGUAAGAAAGAAGCGGAGUUCCAAAAGGCGAAGAAGAUGUCAAGAGACGAACAAUGUUUUUAAUGAGAUCAUAACUACUAUUGACAUUGAUAUAAAGCCAAGCUUUCUGAUUCGAACAAUUGCUGCUAAUGAGGAAACGAUGCCUCUUGGAUUCACGGACUGUUCCUGUAUAAGUGCGGGUGCAGGCCCAAUGGGCUACAUCGAUAAAAGCAAUGUUAGUGAUUAUGCGGAUGUGCCUCCUGGUUUUAUUCCGAAAACAUAUGAGGCAGACGUGCCCCCUCGAAAUAAUCUUGAUAUACCUCCCAGUUUUUUACCUAAAUCGAGAGUUGCUACUAAUGUUGGUGAAUGUGCUGAUGUGCCUCAUGGGUUUAUACCGAAAACAGAUGGAAAAACAGGUGGUGCUGCUGUUAAACCGGCUGAUGUGCCCCCUGGAUUUACUCCAAGGAGCAAUGUUAGUAGUGUACCUCCUAGUUUCGAGUUGUGUACUUCGAGGGAUAAUCUUGAUUUUCCUGAAUCUACUCGUAUAACGAACUUGUGUGCUAAGAAGAUCGAAUUUGUAUUAGAUUCCGAAGUCAUGGUGAAGAAAGAACAAUUACAGUCCACAGGAUAUACUGAGCCACUGCAUAGACUUGUUUAUGACAAGAACUUACCAACUUCACCUACCAAUUUUGGGUCUAAGGAAAUGGGAUUAUUGAAAAAAGCAGGAGAAAUUUCAUGGGAGCAUAGAAAUGAGAGUAUAUCUGCAGAAAUCGUGCAAAAUCUCGAUGACAGUAGCUCAAACAUGAGUUCAAGGGAAGAUCUGAAAGCUCGAAUUAGACAGCUUGAGACAAUGAUAAAGGAGCUGACAGAAACAAAAUCGGGCAACGUUUUCAGUCAUGUCUAAGCUUCAUUAUAUAUAUCAAGGUAAUUUAGUUCUUACAAAAGGUAUUAGAUCAUUGAAGUUUUUGCAUUCUCCAUUGAGGUUUUGUAAAUGACUGAUAGUAGGGAACUAAUCUAUUGCUCACAUACUUCUGAGCUGAUUUUGGUUGCACAUUAUAGCUGAUAUAUGUUUAAUAUAAUCCUGAACUUGUGCAAUGUGCAUAUGUUUCUUUUUGCUAUUCUCCUUCCCUCCUCUAAUAGCUUGUUAUGCUAUGUGUUAGAGUAUAUGACAUAUUCUAGGGUCUCAACCAUCAGCUUAAGUUUUUGAUAGUUUUUGGUUGAGUUCAUUUCUUGAUAUAGUAUCAGAGCUAAUGCGACCAGAGGUCACGGGUUCGAAUCUCAACCAUCCCUAUUUUAAAGUGGAAUAUCAAGCACCGGAUAUGAGGAGCGCAUGUGUUGCGUUCACACUUCUAGCCUAAAGGGAAUGCUCAUUUGAGUGUGUGUAGUGCUUGUUCGAGCAGUAUACUCCGCUUCAUUUUAGGCAACAUCUUGGUGUUUGUGCAAACACCAAGCACCCUACGCUAAUGCCCAAGCAGACGAGCACCAAUAAGCUACCCAUGCUCCUUUUGAAACUGAUUUAUCCGAUGCG